AUGUUUCAAUCAGUAAUAGCAGAGCUUUUUCCAGUUUACGUUCUUCAUAGUGGUGAAUGGGAAGAAAACAAGUUUAUCAAUUUCGUCAGCGAUUGUGUAAUAGUCGAGUCGGCAUUCAGUUACAACAAUUUAGUUGCAGCUAUUUCAGAACAGAUUAGGAUCGAUGAUGUAUCCACAAUUGAUAGCACUGAGAUUAUGGCUGAUAUCGAAUUGAUUGAAAAUACGAAACUUAGUGAAAAUACGGGUAUAAUAGAUAAUAUGUUGAACGAAUUUAUUGAGGAGGAUCAAGUUUAUAAAGAUAAAGAGACAGUUAUAAAUGUGAUGAAGAACUUGGCUGUAUACGAGAGGUUCCAAUUCAAGGUGAAGAGAUCAAGCGCAACAAGGUAUCACCUUAUGUGUGUGGAUGACAAUUGUGCUUGGAGUUUCAAAUCUUCUAUCGUUUUCAAGGCAAACAUAUUCAAAGUGAAAAGUUACAAUAAUAAUCACACAUACGGCUAUGGUGAAAGAUAUUUAACACAACGUCAAGCUACUUCAGGUGUAAUUGCUAGUAUAGUCAAGGACAAGUAUGUUAAUCCAAAAAAACUUUACACCGCAAAUAAUAUAAUAGAGGACAUACAAAAGCAACGCGGGAUUGAAGUGAGCUACAUGAAAGCAUGGAGAGCUAAAAAGAUAGCAAUGGCAAUGAUAAGAGGGAGUCCGAGUGAUUCAUAUAAGGAGUUGCCGAAGUAUUUUUAUAUGUUGGAGCAUACAAAUCCAGGAACGGUUACAAAGUUGCACAAAUCAAAAGAUGGAUGCUUUCUUUAUGCAUAUGUUUUGCUAUAUGCAUCUAUCAAGGGUUGGGAACACUGCAGACCGAUAAUGGUUGUUGAUCAAAGUUUCCUUAAAGCAGCAUAUAAGGGUACCAUAUUGACUGCUUGCACACAGGAUGGAGCUGGUGAGUUGACUGCACCUACCUUGUUUCUGCAGUUUAAUGUAAAGCGCACAUUCAAGAAACAUCACAAACAAUUGAAGGAUAUCUUCUUUGCUUUGGCUAGAGCUUACACGAUAGAGAAGUUUGAGUACCAUAUGACAGAGAUGUGCAAAAUUGAUCCGAGGGUGCAACCUUACUUGUUUGAAAUUGGCUACGAAAGGUGGUCUAGGGCAUAUUCCAAAGUAAAAAGGUCGAUGGUAAUGACUUCCAAUAUUGCAGAGUCAAUUAAUGCAGCAAACAAGGAUGCUAGAGAGUUACCAGUAAUGCAAUUGCCGGAGUAUAUGACAAAUUUGCUACAACAAUGGAACAACAAAAACAGAAAAAGUGCAAUGGAGACAUCUACAGAGCUUGGCAAAAAGUACGACAAACUCCUUCGGGAAAAUCUGAUUGCAUCGGAGCAAAUGAUGGUGAGGCCUGCUACGGAGCAGUUAUAUACUGUGUUUGAAGGGUAA